AUGACGCCCGCGUCGAGCGAGCGACGACCGACGGACCCAUCGAGCGCGGCGCUCGCGCUCGAACGCGCGCGCGCGAACCACUUGGAGGAGGAAUUACGUAAAGUUCGCGCGAGCGCGGAGAAGCUCGCGCAAACGGUGGAGGCCGAGGAGGAGUUCUUAGUCCAAGCGCUCAAUCGUAAGCUCGAGGCGGCGAACCAGGAGCGAGAGAUCUUAGCGCGCGACGCGCAGAAGCGAGAGGGGGAGCUGGUGGAACACCUCGAACGACGGUUGCGGCGGUUGCAGGAUGAGAAGUGCGCGCUGGAAAACGCGCUGGAGCGAGAGCAGGAACGGAUGAUGCAUCGACUCACGACGGCGAUCGAGGAGCUCGGGAGGGAGAAAACGCAGGUGGCGAAGGAGCGCGAUCGGUUGUCGAAGGAUUUAGAGCAGAAAUCGAGCGAGACGAUGCGGUUGAAGGAGGAGAAGGUGCGGUUGGAGAAUACGUUGGAGAGCGAAGAGGAACACAUCGUGAACCUGAUGCAGUCGCAGAUCUUGGCGUUGUUGAAACGGAAUCGAUCGUUGGAGCGGCAGGGGAAGGGGCUCGGUGGAGCGGUGAGCGAUAGCGAGUACGUGAGCGACGAUCAGUUGGGCUCGCCGAGGAGGGGGUCGUUCGGGAGAGACGGGUUCAGAAGAGACCCGUUCGCGAGACAACCGGGUUCGUCCAUGACGUCGCCGUUUGCGAGCGACAGGGAAUCGCUGAGUCCAGGGCGGCGUCAGAUGCAGCAAAGCGCGUCGCACGCCGGAAGCUCCGCGCCUCCGAGCGCGAGAUCUACCAGCUCGGAACCGCGCUCGCCCAGAACGAGCUGA